UAGGGGGACAGUUUUAUGUUCAUAUAAUACCAUGGGGAAAGAUGUUGACGAUUGAAAUAGUUGUUUUGAGUAAACAUUUACUAAGAGCUACAAGGUGUAAGAGAAAUCCUGAAUAGAGAAGCAUGAUUUGUAAAUUGCUUUCUGUAUGCUAAAUAUGGUGCUAGUGAUUUUGUGGAAUGCCCAUUAAAUCCUAAUUAAUAAAUAGGCAUUUUCUUUGACGACCGGGCAACCAUAUUCGCUUAAGCCUGUUAACAUUUGGUGUAAAGAACUGAUGCCAUUCUGACCUCUGCGCCUCCCUUUCUGAGAACUAGUCAGUUCAGCAUUCCGUUUCCAUAGAAACAAGGGAUCGGGUCAAAGCGUAGAGAAACAGGAUGUUCAGGUUUCUUUUCCGGUUCAUACCGGAAGUUGACGCAAACGUCCGCACAUGGGUGGCCCUAGAGAGGAUGCCGCUGGUAGUGUUUUGCGGGCUGCCGUCGAGCGGCAAGAGCCAGCGUACAGAAGAGCUACGCCGGGCUCUGGCGGCCGAGGGCCACACGGUGUACGUGGUGGACGAUGCUUCGGUGCUGGGCGGUCAGGACGCGACGGUGUACAGCGACUCUGCCCGUGAGAAGGCGCUGCGUGCUGCGCUGCGGGCCGCGGUGGAGCGGCGCCUGAGCCGGCAGGACGUGGUCAUCCUGGACUCGGUGAACUACAUCAAGGGCUUCCGCUACGAGCUGUACUGCCUCGCGCGGGCCGCGCGCACGACGCUCUGCCUGGUUUACUGCAUACGCCCGCUGUGGCCGAGCCGCCGAUCUGAGGAGGCUGACGCCGCCGAGAACUGGGGUCUGCCUGUCAGUGUGAGCUGGAGGUCGCGCCUCGAGGAGGAGCAGCGCGCCGCCAGCCCGUUUGCAAAUGGGGCAGUCCUGCCUGCCUUCUCCCGGGAACCGGAUCCAGAAGAAAUCCUGCCAUUAAAUCUUCCAGCGGUAGGCACCCUGGAGCCCGAGAAAUCUGCAGAGCCUGCGCCUAGUGCCUUUCCUCCCGAACUUUUGGAGUCCUUAUCACAGCGCUUUGAGGCUCCUGACUCUCGGAACCGCUGGGACCGACCUUUGUUCACCGUGGUGGGUUUAGAAGAGCCAUUGCCCCUGGCUGAGAUCGGGUCUGCACUGUUUGAGAACCGGGCCCCCCCACCCCAUCAGUCCACGCAGUCCCAGCCCCUAGCCUCUGGUAGUUUUCUGUACCAGUUGGAUCGGGCCACGAGCCAGGUGUUGACUGCCCUGAUGGAAGCACAGAAGAGCGCCGUCCCUGGAGAUGUGUUAACGCUUCCUGGCACCACAGAGCACCUCCAGUUCACCCGUCCCCUGACCAUGGCGGAGCUGAGUCGCCUCCGUCGACAGUUUAUUUCCUACACAAAAAUGCAUCCCAACAACGAGAACCUGCCUCAACUGGCCAACAUGUUUCUUCAGUAUCUGAGACAAAGUUUGCACUAAUGGAGGUAGUGGGAGGCGGCGAUGGUCCUGCCUAAAUUCACUGUACAUUGUUUAUGAAGAAUGGUCUAAAGGUGUGCAGAGCGCACUGUAGUACUAGGGUUGCUAAGUUUGACUGACUCGUCUUCUUGACUGCCUCUGUGCCUGUCAACACCUGCGUGUAUAGCAUAAGCUGAAGCAUAGAGGUUAGCUCCAGAAAUCUCAGGUGGGCAGGGUUUUUCUUUGGUUGGACUCUGCUUGGGGAUACUGCUUCAGGAUGGAGGAGGAGAAUUGUUUUAAAUCAACUGUGAGUAGAAAACGACGGUGAUACAGUUUUGUACGGCCCUUCUUUCAUACUACAAGUAUUUUUGAGUACAGUACUUCUUGCUAUCUACCCUGGAGCUUUGAACACAGAUACAUCAUUUGUUCUGGGAAACAUUUGUAUAAAGACAACCAUUAGGUAUUUCCUCUAAUAAAAUCUUUUAAAAUUG